CGCGCAUCACUGUGUGCAUCACAGAGGGCAUGGAGUUAAAAACCUCCAUCAGUCAAACUGCGCUUUGAUUCACCGGCCGAAGAGCAGAGCAGCGACAUUCUGAUCCAGCUCAAACUUGAAGUGUGUUGUGGAGCUAAAGCAUGGAGAAAGCGCGCAGCACCCCGAAACUGUACGGAUCCCUGGAUCAAACGGAGCUCUGCGGAGACACGGGCAAACAAGCUGAAGAGGAUGUGGUGUCCAUGGCUGACUCCACCAUCACUGUGGAGGACAUCGAGGGAGAGCUGUUCAAGAUCGAGAGGAUAAAGGACGCACUGGUUCGGAAAGAGUCUGAGCUCAGAUAUAUGAUGGACGACAUCCAGUUGUGUAAGGAGAUCACAAGGCUCAAAAAAGAACUCCAGAAAUUGGUUUCCAUCCCAGACAAAGACAAGUCAAAUGAGGACAGACAGCGUGAGGAAGAACUACUUCAGCAGAUCCAGAAGCUGGUGGAGACCCGGGACUUUCUAGUGGACGACAUGGAGUUUGAGAGGCUCAGAGAGCAAGAGGAGGACAAAGAGAUGGCUGACUUCCUACAGACCAAAAUUCCCAACAGGUGCAGCAUGAAAAAGAGCAAGAGGAGGACAAAGAGAUGGCUGACUUCCUACAGACCAAAAUUCCCAACAGGUGCAGCAUGA